AGAUGAGCCAGGACCAUGAAGACAUUAACCACCCCCAAUCAACCAAAACACAUUUCUUUCUGUUGACUGUAGAUGUGGGAUCCCUAUCUCCAUCUCCUCAUGUUUCGUAGACUUAGGGUUUAAUCUUUUUUUCCCAAAUUCCCUUCUCAAUUGCCUCUGCUUAUUCAAUUUUUGAAAUUAUCAGAUUGUAACAAUGGAAAACAACAACGACGCCAGCAGCGACACGAACACCACCCCUAACGCCAUCGUAUCCAUGGAGAACCUCAACCAGGUAGCCAAUUGGUUUGGCGCCACCGUGAUCUCCGCCUUCUUCUCAUCGCUCGAGCGUUUUUCUUGCGUUAACGUCGCUACCAACGACCCCGAUGACGAUGAUAAUGAAGAUGAGGUCAAUGUUCGUCCUCUUUCUAUCUCCACCGACCACCACCAAAGCGACGAUGUCGCCAACCUCCCGGUUUGAUUUUUCAAUAAAGAAAUUCUUAUGGGUAUUUGUGUACCGCUUUUCCGCUUAUCCCUCUCUCAAACCAAACCCCCCCCCCCCCACCACAAAAAAAAAAAAAUCCCUUGCGUCGUCUGUUUGUGAGUUUUCAGGGUUUUAUAAAUAUAAAUUGUUACAUUUCUCUUGUGAAAGUUGAAUUUGUUUCUGUUAUUUGAGGGCUUAAUGCUCAAUUGAGCUUUUUGUA